AUGAAGUUGUUGCAAGCGCUGCUUGUUACCUUGUCGUUAGCCACAAGCGUGCUUGGUCGGCCUGAACCACGCGAAAAGCGAUGGGGCGACAGUAAGAGCAAAGGAGGUGAAAAGUACUUCUUCGAGGCUGGCGGCACAGAGGCAUUGGGACAUUACGAUGGCCGCUAUUUCCAGGGCGAGGUUGACUAUGAGGCGCACCGCGUUGCGCUGCGACACCUGAUUCGCAGCUAUGUGUCCGUCUUCCGGGCUCUGGGAAUCGAGACAUGGCUUGCACAUGGCACCCUGUUAGGAUGGUGGUGGAAUGGGCAGAUCAUGCCAUGGGAUUACGACCUCGACGUCCAAGUUACGGCCUCGACCCUCCAGUACCUCGGCGACCAUUACAACCGGACCAUGCACGAGUACCGGUAUGUCGACGAGUCAACCGGCGAGGAGAUGACCAAGGUCUUUCUGCUGGACGUGAACCCCAACCACGUCGAGCGGGUGCGAGGCAACGGCAUGAACGUGAUCGAUGCGAGGUGGAUUGACACGAGUAACGGCAUGUUCAUCGACAUUACCGGCCUCGCGGAACGGGAUCCCAAAAGGGCGCCGGGUGUCUGGGCGUGCAAGAACAACCACCGUUACAAGACCACCGAGCUGUACCCCAUGCGUGAGACUGAGUUCGAGGGAGUUCCCGCCACGGUGCCGUAUGCGUUCGAUACGGUGCUAAUGAGCGAGUACGGGAAGAAGAUCACCAAUGGAAUCCUGAAAUCAAGGAAUGGGUACUCCAGAGGCUUGGACAAGACUGAAGCCGCCCGCUCUGCGUCGUCGAAGCACCGCUUCCGGCGCGUGCCCAGACCAAAGCUACGGAGGAAGGUCGCGCGCGGCGUCAUGCUUCAGCGAGACUUCCUUGCGGUCCUUUCGACCGGCACAAUGAUGCGGUGCCAUCGGAAGAGGCAGUUCGAACAAUUUGUUUAUUCAGCAUGGCGGCGGCGUUUUGGGGUGUUGCUUUAUGGGAUGCAAUAUUGCAUAUGGCGCAAUGAGAAUUUCAUGACGGACGUCGAGCUCGACCUUGCUUUCGCCUAA